AUGUCUGACAAAUCGAGCGAAAUUUCAGACACCGAGGUUGAAGAAUCUGUUAAUGUUGAUGAGUGCGUGGCUGAGGCUAACAAGCUGAAGGACCAGGGUAACAAUGCUUUCAAGACUUCUGACUUUCAACUUGCGGCUAGUGAGUACAAGAGUGUCUUACAUUGUAACCUUAGCGCUUCUUACUUAGGUUUACAUGAAUACAGUCAUGCUAUUAGCGCUGCUGAGGAUGCGUUACGUUUCGAUUCUGGUAACCAGAAGGCUAAAUAUCGUCGUACGCUUGCAAGGUUUAAUGCCGGAUACCUUGACGAGGCUAAAGAGGAAUGUGAGGCAAUGUUAUCUGAGGACUCUAGCAACAGUAAUGCUAAGCUGUUACUGGUAAAGAUAAAAUCUAAGCUUAAACAGGUCCAUGCUGAGCAGAAGAAAGCUUUUGGUAGUCUUUUUGACAAGACUGGUGGUUUAUAUGAGGACCGUGCUGAGGAGAUGAAGCGUCAGCGUCAGAAGAAGUACGACGAUUAUGUGCGUGAGCGUUUGGACAAGUGUGAGGAGGUGUUGGACAUGGCUGCUUGGGAGCGUUAUGAGGAGGAGCAAGAGAAGAAGCGUGAGGCGGAGCGUAUUGAGAAGGUGAAGUCUGAAGAGGAGAAGAAGCGUAACGGUGUUGAUAAUCGUGAGGUUCCUAAGAGUGCCGUUUCAUCUAGUUCAUCUAAUAAGAAGCCUAAACAGGAUGAAUCGGAUAUGGAUGAAGAGGACCAGAAGAUAAUUCAGGAAACCAAGAAGAUGGGUAUGUUGUUAUUUUUACAAAAUAUGUUAAUUUUAGGAUAUUGUUAUUUCGGUAAAAACAAGCCUGGCGGUAACCUUACAACUUCACGUACUCCACAGAAUAUCGAACCUACACCUACAUCGGUUUGUUACUACCUCACCUAUGUGUAUAUAUCUUUACGUAGCCGACUGAGAAUAUCUCACGAUCAAUUUCCUCUUGGAAUUCUAAAGGUACUACCUAUGAGGAGAAAGGUAAGUUGUGGUAUCAUUAAUUUGGCAUGUUUAUUUUUUCUUGCAGACAUGUCUUCAUGGUGUAGUGAUACGUUACGUGAGACCUUGUCCCUUGCGUCAUACGAGAACGACCCUUCUCAGAACGAUUCAAGUUUCAACGUGAUGGAGAUGCUUAGCAGCGUGAGUGUGCCGUGCACGUUAUCGGACUCCGCGCAGAUCAAUAUCGACCGUAUAAAUGAAGAUGGUAAUUUGGAUAAGAUCCAGAAGCUUGCUAUGAUGAUCCAUCGUAGCAGUAUCAAGGUCACCUCGGUGGAUGAUAUGGAAUGUGACGCUCAGAUAGCACUUAUUCGUGCUACCCGUCGUUACAUGUUUGAUUUCAGCUGUACUCUUAAAUUCACGGCAUCUAUUGACACUGCGUUCGGUUCUAGUAUUGCCAAGGAUGCAUCUUCUGAUGGAUCCCAGGCAUCAGUUUAUAAAGGUAAGUUGUUUGUGUUCCCUGGGUUAUGA